AUGGAAGAAUUUUGUCGUGAACUGCCCAAAAUAGAAUUACAUGCCCACUUAAAUGGAUCUCUCAGUCGCGCCACAAUGUUGAAACUACAAAGAUAUCAUGCAGAUACAGGGGUGUCAGAUACAACUAAUGCUUUUUUUGAUGAAUUCCAAAUUGGUGCUGGUGAUACCAGAAAUUUGUCUGAUUGUUUUCAAGUAUUUAGCAUUGCACAUACCUUAACAAAUACUCCUGAAACAUUGGGAUUGGCCACUACCUUAACACUGCAAGAAUUUCAGAAUGAUGGCUGUUGUUACAUUGAACUGAGGAGCACUCCCCGAAAUACACCACAUAUGACAAAAAGGCAGUACAUAGAUACUAUCAUAGGGGCUAUGCAAAAGUCUUCACCUAACCUAAAUAUAAUUUCAACCCUUAUUAUAUCCAUUAAUAGGAGUAAUGGUGUCAUAGAAGCUAAUGAAAUAUCUGAACUUGCAAUAGAGUAUCAUAAGAAAUUUCCAGGUAUUGUGGUAGGAAUGGAACUUAGUGGUGAUCCUGGCUUCGGAAAAUUUGAGGAUUAUAUAAAUAUAUUUGAAAAAGCAAGACAUGCUGGCCUAAAAGUGACACUACAUUGUGGUGAAAUAAGAAAUCCAGAAGAAAUAUUACAAAUGCUGAAUUUUAAACCUGAUAGAAUUGGCCAUGGAACUUGUAUACAUCCUAAAUUUGGAGGCACUGAUGAGACUUGGGAGGUUUUAUGUAAAUCUGGAAUACCUGUUGAGGUUUGUUUAUCCAGUAAUGUUAACACAAAAUCUGUACCUGAUUUUUCUUCACAUCAUUUUAAAUAUUUGUAUAGUGCAAAUGUUCCAGUAAUUCUCUGUACUGAUGAUAAAGGAGUAUUUUCCACUUCACUAACACAAGAAUAUAAUAUUUGCUUAGAUAUGUUCACACUGGAUAAAUCACAAAUAGCUAGAUUAGCUCUGAAUGCUGCCAAAUACACUUCCCGAGUCCAAAAGGCGCUGAUUCAGAGCUACAAGAUUUCCUUAUGGCAGAAAAGCAGAAAGCACAGUUUCAUGCCCAAAUCCAUGAGUUUAACGACUUCUGUUGGGAGAAAUGUGUGGACAAGCCAGGAACAAAACUGGAUUCCCGGACUGAAACCUGUA